AUGAUUUUUCUAUUCCUUGCAAUAUUCGGAUCACCGGGCGCUUCCGAUUUAUUGCCCCGAAAAACAGAGUACAAAAUCCCAAUCUGCUCAAAUGACGCUGCAAUCCUUGAUGUGAACAUCUGUGAUAUUGCAGAUAAUAUCGACAAAGAAAUAAUUAUCGAAGAAGGCGGUUGCAUCAAUAUCCAUUCGCCAAACUAUCCGGGGACCUAUCCGAGUUCCACUGAAUGCAAUGUCACGAUAUCAUCAAGACAAGUCGACGGACCACUUUAUGUUGAUUUCGACCAUUUUCAACUCGAGUGGUACCCAGCAGUAAAAGCUGGAGGUGGUUCUUACGAAUGCCCGGAUUACCUCCUUUUCAAUCAAACAGACACGGGAAAUUAUCAAAAGCUAUGUGGACCUUAUAAGCCGACGAGAAAAGAGUUCCACAAUUCAUUUCUGAUGAAGUUUUAUUCUGAUCAAAGUUUAAACCACGAAGGAUUCAAUCUUACCAUGGUCCUUGAUUUCAAUUUUAUAGACAUAGAAGAAUCUGUUGAAAGAUGCAUCGACUAUCUUUCUGUCAACGGACAAAAAUUUUGUGGGAAGACAAUCCCAAAAUCGAUUGUUAAAAAACCAACCACGCAAAAGAAGGCUGAAUUCGAUUUACUUUUCUGGUCAGAUGAAUCGAGACAAUUUACUGGAUUCAAUUUGACGAUACGUGCAGACCAGACCGAAUACGAAGAAUAUACAACAAUUGUUUCAGUAACGGAAAACUCAACUCUCGCUGAUGAUUUUCUCGGGUCUUAUGACAUCUGCAACAUGAGCUCAAAAGUCCUGAAAGAAGAGCAAAGUAUAAACAUCCACUCACCAAAUUAUCCUGAAAACUAUGAUGGCUACAACAGCUGUACAAUAACAAUAUCUUCGGAUAAGAUUUUGGUUCUCAGUUUCCAUGAUAUGGAACUUGAAAGCAGCUCUUCAGGCUCAUGCUACGAUUAUCUUUCAGUAGAUGGAGUAAAAUUCUGUGGCGACUCAAUCCCCCCAACAAUGGCCAAGUAUCCGGCAAACUACUCCAGUGAUUCUAAUGCAUCUUCUGACGCAUCCUUCGAGCUGAAAUUUUAUUCACGCUAUAUAAACGGAAGACGAGGAUUCGACCUGACGAUCAGAAGUGAGGAAGAUUUUAUUUCGACAACAACGACAACAACAACUUCAACGACAACCACUACAACUACAACUACCACGACUACAACAACAACAACGACGACGGUUGAUCCUUUUUUCCUUGGAUCGUAUAGUAUUUGCUCUUCUUCACUAGAAGACGUAACUCUACUGAGAGCCGGCGAGUACAUCAAAGUUCACUCCUCGCGCUACCCAAAAGACUAUUACUCCAGUUCCAAUUGCAAACGCAAGAUCGUUUCUGAUUAUAAACUAACCUUGGAGUUCCACGACAUUUACAUUGAAAUGUUCUCGAGCGGCGAUUGCCGCGAUUAUCUUUCGAUCAACGGAAGAAAGUACUGCGGACGAACCAUUCCGGACCCACUUGUUGUUUACCCGUCAAAGAACAUGGCUGAAUUCGAUAUGAAAUUUUGGUCAGACUAUACUAUCCAGUACAGGGGAUUUGACUUGACGAUUCUUGCAGAAGAGUAUGACCCUGAUAUCGAGGGAAGUUCUCACGUAAAAACUUUCUCUGCUUUUCUUUCUUUACUGUUGAUGCUUCUUGCGCUGUUCUGA